AUGAUAAUACUACUAUUGUUACUAUUACUGAUAGUAGCGAGUUUUGUUGUUACGGCUUCAAGUAAUUCUCCUCCCUAUUUUCACUCACUCGCACAAUAUAGCCUUCCUUCCUCUCCUUACAAGCUUUCAUUUUUCCCUCUCUCUGAUGUGCUUCCUGUUCCUCCCCUUUUCUUUCACCCUCUCUUUUCUGUUUCUUCUCCCGAAUUCAGUUAUAUAGCAACCCAGACUUUCACUAUUAUUUCUUCUAUGUCACUCUCUACUUCGCAACCCACUCCCUUAUUAAUAUUAACCUUUCCCUUUUUUUAUUUUUCGUCACCAUUCUUUCUACUUUUUUUUCUUUGCUGUCAGCUUUUCUUUCAUUUUUUUUAUCUACUCUAUCACCCAAGUUACCCACCAAGUGGAAUCAUAUGGUUCUCCCGGGACAAAGACAAGCUCAGCUUGACUCAUUUACCUAAGCACAAUUAUGAUGGUCUGCGCUAUCAUGUUUGGUUACCUCGCAACUGCACCAGUUUGAUGGCUUUUUCAUCGGCAUAUCACCAUUUUAAAUUCAACAUAGCAUCUUCAUUUGGUUUCCUGCCAAAUUUCUGGAUUUAA